UGUUUGUUCAAUCUCCUUUAUUGGUUUUUGGGAAUAACGUUUCUUGGAAUUGGACUGUGGGCAUGGAAUGAAAAAGGAGUUUUGUCCAACAUCUCUUCCAUCACCGAUCUCGGCGGCUUCGACCCAGUUUGGCUCUUCCUUGUGGUGGGAGGAGUGAUGUUCAUUUUGGGAUUUGCAGGGUGCAUUGGAGCACUGCGGGAAAACACUUUCCUCCUCAAGUUUUUUUCUGUGUUCCUCGGAAUUAUUUUCUUCCUGGAGCUCACUGCCGGAGUUCUGGCAUUCGUUUUCAAAGACUGGAUCAAAGACCAGCUGUAUUUCUUUAUAAACAACAACAUCAGAGCAUACAGGGAUGACAUUGAUUUGCAAAACCUCAUAGACUUCACCCAGGAAUAUUGGCAGUGCUGUGGGGCUUUUGGAGCUGAUGAUUGGAACCUAAAUAUUUACUUCAAUUGCACAGAUUCCAAUGCAAGUCGAGAGCGAUGCGGAGUGCCAUUCUCCUGCUGCACUAAAGACCCCGCAGAAGAUGUCAUCAACACUCAGUGUGGCUAUGAUGCCAGGCAAAAACCAGAAGUUGACCAGCAGAUUGUCAUCUACACAAAAGGCUGUGUGCCCCAGUUUGAGAAGUGGUUGCAGGAUAAUUUAACCAUUGUGGCUGGUAUUUUCAUAGGCAUUGCCUUACUGCAGAUUUUUGGGAUAUGCCUGGCCCAGAAUUUGGUUAGUGAUAUUGAAGCUGUCAGGGCCAGCUGGUAGAGGCCCUGCAACCGCUGCUGCAAGACACUGGACAGACCCAGGCUUCGCGACCUCCCGCGUGCCGAACUGAUAUCCAAGCCGCACGGACCUAAUCACCAAGGCAUCCUGCAAUCUCACCUAAUGGAGCUGCCAAGAACUUAUUUUGGAGGGAAUAUAAAACUGGGAAAUGCUGCUCACUGACAGAAUUUUUUUUAAAAAACCAGUAUGAAAGUUGUUGCGCCGUGAAUCUCUACUGUAGCCAUGAAUUGAUGGAUGGUUGAAUGCCUACCAAAAAAGCAAAAAACGGAGGGUGGGGGAUCCAGGUGUCCUUGAGUUUGUGGAAAAUACAGUCUUGUCCUCUAUGUCAGUCAUUGGAAGGCUGGGAGAGGCAGUUCCGCUCUUCAUCACACCUCAGAGGGACUGGACUGCCUUCUGUUCCCUAGAUAAGUGCAUCUCUUCCAAGACUCUGCUUCUCUCCUGGAAGGACAGUGGUUUGCUGGUGUCCCUCCAUGUACCUUUCAAGACUCUUGCAACCAUCAUCUGAAGAAGAAAACAGUUCAUCAGGUUCAGCAUCUGUGAUGCUGUUCAGCAAGUGACUUGGGUGGGCACACUUGGUCUAUCCUGGAGUGUCUCCUUAGAAGAGAAAUUGUGGAUUCUAUGUGCACUGAGCAAGGGCAUCAGAAGACUUCAUGAUGCUUAUUUUAGCAGGACUGAUCUUUUUUCUAAGUAGCCUGAGCUUUAUUUAUCAAUGAAAUUCGAGAAGAAAAAUGAGGCUAAUGAGGAGGUAUUAAUUAAAUGUUCCCUUAUCCCACCCCUACCAAAUUAACUGUUGGAUUCUUUGGAAAUUCUGGAAUCCUCUGGGUCGUUCUGUUCUGUUUUUUGUUUUGUUUUGAUUUUUGUCUUCCAACACUGAAUGCUAUGAUACAGGUCCUCUUAAAUUUUCAAGUGUUUUCUUACUCAACUCAAAUACUUUUUGAUAUAAUCUUAACCUGCAUGACCUGUGAAUCUGAACCCAUCACCUCCCUUUUCCACCAUCUUUUCUACAUUUAAAGAUGUCAUCUGGUUAGCACUUAUUUCCUAGGUUCGUGGCCUGGGGAGGUUGUGGUGUGUCCUCCCAGCCUGGCUGGGAAGAGGCCAGCUGUGCCAUCACAGAUGUGUCCAUGGACUCAGCAGUCCCUUCCAGUGUCCAUCUGAGUGGCCUCUUCUGCACUCUACCCCUUUUUCUCUUUGAGUGGAAUUAAACCCAAUUCCAAAACAAUGUUGACACAGUCAAAGAGCUUCUAAUGGGUUUCUUCUUCUUCUUCUGGUUUUAGUUUGCUUUGAUUUAAAAAAACAAAAAGAAAAUAGUACAUGGCCAGAGCUCUUUCAGUUCUCUUCUUGCAGACUAACCAUCAGGAUAGUAUCAAAGCACAAAUACUUUGUAGGGGAACGCAUUGAACCGGGGCAAGUGUUUUGUGACACAAGGUGGGAAACCACUUCCAGGUGCUGCCGCCCCUGCCCCCACUUUAGGUGGGAAGGACGAGUUUUAUCCUCCCUCCUCCCAGAUUUUAACCUAACUGGUAUCCACCAGAUGUUGCUCUUCUGGGGAGCAGAUAUCAGUCUGUGGAAUGUUGGGAAAGCCAGAGGCCCAUUUUACAGUGGGGACACAUUUGCCAGCACAUAACUGGGCAGCCAGCUUGCACGCUUUGUGGAAAUUGAGAAAGAUUUCAUUCCAGCCAUGUGUGGCAUUGUGGUGGCUGAUGAAUGUGUCUGUCUGUCUGCUCAGAAAAAGGACAGAAAUUCUUUUCCAAUCUCGUCUCCACAGUUUGGGUGUGUGUAUGACUCUGCAUGUGUGUGUGUGUGUUUCUGUAUACGUAGAAGUGUUUGUGCCAUAUUCUGGCUGAAAGGUUUUAUUUCAUCUCUGCCUCCCCCACGGUUGUCAUGUUGUAAUGUCAUGUUCCAACAUAGAGGAGACUUGAGCUCUCCGGUGGUCACUUCUGUCUUUCUUGUUGAUUACCUCAUUCUCCGGUGAACUCCAUCUGACCAAUUGAUUAAGAAUCAGGCAAGAGUCCCACCCUUUGGCACAUCCAGUGAAAGGUAAAACAGCAAGUCCAAGUGAAUUUUAAAUUUUAAUUAAUCACCCUUUAUUUUUUACACUUGAGAGUGGUUGUAAUAAAGGCUGUCAUUAAUAAACUUGGUUCUACCUUC